UCGUUCUGGUUACUCGUUACCGCGUGAACGGAGCGCUUUUACCCACGUUUCUGUAAUCAAAUCAAUUUUUCAUACAGCGUUUUUUGUAUACAGACUAGAAGUAGUUAUCAAUGAACUAUAAACUGUUGUUUUACUGUGUUUUGUGCUAAGACUGUUCGUACUGGUGCUGGCUAGAACAUAGUUUACCUGAAACUGAAAGCUCAGGUUGCAUUUUCCAUAAAUUGACAGGUGAAGAAGAGGUCUCAGUCAUGAGGGAUGAGCGCGCCAGUCCCCCGCGAGUGCGCGUCGCCGUCAUUGGCAGCUCCCGCGUUGGCAAGUCCGCUCUCAUCGUGAGGUAUCUUACAAGGAGAUACAUUGGCGAAUACCAUUCAAAUACAGAUCUCCUAUACCGACAAACUGUGCCAAUAAACGGCACUCCAGUGGAGUUGGAAGUGAUAGACGUAUCUGGCUCCAACGCUGACAAGUUUCCGGCAGAACAGAUCCAAUGGGCUGAUGCGUGCCUACUUGUGUACUCGGUGACUGAUAGGAGUAGCUUCGAAUACGCGCAAGAAAUUCUGGACACACUGAAAAGGGCACCUUCACACGGCAGCCCCGCACACGGACCCACUGCUGCGUCUACAGGAAUGCCCCUAGCUUUGUUAGGAAACAAAACAGACUUGGAUCAUCUGAGACAGGUGCCCACAAAAGAGGGUCAAGCGACAAGCGCAGCGCACGGCGCGUCGUUCAGCGAAGCGAGCUUAGCCGACAACUCGGGCGACCUCUACCGGUGCGUCGACCGCUUGCUCGCCGAGGUCCGCACGCCGCAGAGAACGAGAAAGUUCUCUGUCACGAAGAUGCUGGGAUCUCUAAUAGGUGGAGCAAACAACAACAGCCAUUCAACCCGCGGGUCGGUGGUGGCAUGCCCCCGAGUGCCGGCGCCCGCGCGGCCCCCGCUGGCCGCCGCCGCGCCCUGACCGGAGCCCCAGCCGGCGCACCGAACGCGCUGACGCCUCACAGGCGCCGCCUGCCUCGUCUGCCUGCCAGUACCGGCGCGGUUCCUCUCACCCACACCACUGUCUACGAACUAAAGUGAUUCAUAGUGCUAUGCAAACGGAACAGACAUAUAUGACAUAUACACUAUAGAUAUAAGUUGGUGUUUAUGGGUAAACUUCAUAAUGAUAUGCAAUGUUCUGGUAUUUGUUUGAGCAGAAUUAUCAAAAACAAUAUUUCGGUUUAUUUCGAAUUGUGUGCUGUGGAGUGGAUUUGUCAACGCACUUUCUGCUAACAAAAGCGCUGUGUUGUAGAAAUACUGAAUACAUUUGUGUGUGUAAACUUCAUAUUGAUAUGCAAAUACAAUGCUCUAUAUGUGUAUUGCUUGUUCGAUCAGACGUAAGUCGCAUAAACACUGUUGUUUGGUUUUUCAGAUCGAUCGGUUGAAACAGCGUCUUAUGGAAAGUGAAUUUUGUGGCACCUACUUUACAUGAUCUAGAAAUUAUUCAUUGCAUUUUCGUAUAUCUCUUAUCAUGACGUACUAAUAAGUAAUCAUAUUAUAAUAGGGAAGAUAUUUUAGAACCUAUUGUUAAGCUGUCUAUACUUUUUGUAUGAAGAAGGUAUCUUAUUAUUAUUUUUUAAUUAAUAAUUAUGAUGAUGUUGCCAAAAUCUGAUUGCCUUUGAAAGUGCGUAAAACGGCAAAUAUGUAAAAUAAAUGAACUUUUUAGUUCCAAUUUCCAAAUAAAUGUAAGUUAAGAUAUGUAUAUGGAAUGUCUAUAAAAAUCUCAAAGGUGCUCGAUAGGUAAAUGGUAUACGAAGUGAUUUUUAUAACGUUUUCUUUUAAAACCUGAGACGAGACAACGUCAUGAAAUUAUUUAUAUUUGCUGUAUAUAAAAUAAAAAUAUCACUUUGUAUCAGGGAAAUAAGGUGGAAAGUUUUAUAAGCUUUAAAAGGACAAAAUCGUAGAUCGUACAAACAUUGCACUAACAUGCAAUAUAUUAAAUUUCUGAUUAAGUAUAUAUCUACCUGACGAUGUAUUAAAUACACUUUACGAUAUAUAAAUAUAACAUUAGUAGUUAUAUAUCGUAAAACCAAUCGUUAAAAAUUAAAAUAUACAUACACGCAGUAUCUGUUGGAUGGGAAUUAUAGACAAUAACGAUAUCUCAGAGUCAUCGUUGGAGUAUACCUGAGUAUAAUAUACAUGCGUAUAUUAUAUAUAUGACGGACGUGCCAAAGAUAUGUUGAAAUUUUAAGUUCUAUAGAUAUAUUAUCCUAUAGGUAAUUAUACUUGCAAUUAUAGAAAAAAAAAUUUAUUUUGCACAACAUUUAAUGGAUGUGUAAGUAAAAAAAUAUUCAAAAUAGUAUAUUUUAAUGUUACAGGUUACAAAGAAAUAUUGAUGUUGCAAUUUACAUAAACGUAAUUAAUAUAGUUAAAAGCAUUUAAUAGAUAUAAAAUGUCAUAAGUCUUUGUGUCCCAUAUAUUUCCCUACAUAAAAAAUUACAGUUUACGAAAAAUACUCUGUUUUAAAUCAAAAUUGUAUUUCUGUUAAUGUGUAUUAAUCCCUAGAUAAUCUAUAAUCAUAACUUGCCUCUCGGAAAUGGCAUGUAAAAUAACCUGAAAAUGCUGACUUUUUGUAGAGUUGAUAGAAUUUCUGAAGAUUAAUUAUCUUGAUUAUUUACGAAAAAUUAUUUUUAUCAAAAACGAAAUGCUAAUGUUAUAACAAUAAUAAUAAUAGUAUUCUUUAAUAUAUAUGUUAAAAUAUAAAUCUUCUCAAACUUGUUGUUUAAACGUGCUUCUUGGGCCUAAUUACUAUUACUAUAUAUAUAAUAUUAUGUAUUAAUUUAUACAAAUAGGUACAGCAUGAUAGGCUGUUCUGCGUAUUAUGUAGCGAAAUUUUCUUACAAAACUUUUCUACUUUUCUACAGUAUUAUUAUUCUAAGAUUAGGUUUAAUCUGAUUAACUAUGUAUGUUCAAUUAGGCCAGUCGUACAAUCUCGAAUAUACACAUUUCUAAAGAACCAAUUUUAUAGAAAUAUAUAAUAUUUCCCGUUAAUACCCUUGCUAAUGUAUUAUUUUAAUCAGGGCUGUAGCUACCACCGUAUCAAUGAUACCCCUAAAAUUAGUAAAAUUUAAUCCACUAUCUCUCUUAAUCUGGUGCUUCCUGGAGAAAAAUCCCUAAAAUCUCUUUAACAGUUAAGAGAUUUUCGGGAUUUGGGCCUCCUGAUUAAUUUUGAUACAAGGCAAGCUACGCCCGUGGUUCUAUCAUACAUAAUCAUCUCAAAACAUACUUAUACUUACGAGUUCGAGUAUAUACCAAAACGUAAAUAAAAAAUAAGUAACAUGACCAAACAGCGAAACGGCGUGCAUGCCAGCUGGCCUAUUUCCUUUUUUGCCCUUUAUUAUCAACCCAUCAAAAUAAAAAACAAAUCAAUUGACAAAUAAUCCAAAUACUAGGAUACAAAUUACAAAUGUUAUCUGGUGCUUAUGGUGGAUAUCAUGUAGUAUGUAGAUGACACUUUGUUGUCCACUUCAAUAAGUUGAUAAUAAAGACCAAAAUAGUGAAUAGGCCAGCUGAAGCAUUGGACGUUUUCCGCAAUUUUU